GGGCGGAGCCAGGCGGCCAGCCGUGUCCGCGGGGUGACCGGAAGAGCCGCGACGGCGGCGGCUGGCAGGAGCGGGAGCUGAACCGGCACUGCAGCCCAGCAGGUUAGGCGCCAUGUCGACCGAGGCUACUGAGCUGAUGGACGAGCGGGAGAGCCAUUCUUACGAGGAGGAGGAAGAGGAGGAGGAGGAGGAAGAGGAGGAGGAGGAGGAGGAGAAGAAGACCACCAGUCCCACAGACCUGUCUGAGCUGCUGAAGGAAGGGACCAAGGAGGCCCAUGACCGGGCUGAGAACACCCAGUUUGUCAAAGAUUUCCUGAAGGGACACAUCAAGAGGGAGCUCUUCAAGCUGGGCACAACAGCCCUUUACUUCACAUACUCUGCGCUGGAGGAGGAGAUGGAGCACAACAAGGACCAGCCUUGCUUUGCCCCUCUGUAUUUCCCCUUGGAGCUGCACCGGAAGGAAGCCUUGGCGAGAGACCUGGAAUAUUUGUAUGGGGAAGGCUGGGAGGAGAAGAUCCAGUGCUCAGAAGCCACUCAGCGCUACGUGGAUCGCAUCCACCAUGUUGGGAAGCAGGAGCCGGAGCUCCUGGUGGCCCAUGCUUACACCCGCUACAUGGGGGACCUUUCUGGGGGUCAGGUGCUGAAGAGGGUGGCUCAGCGUGCACUGAAGUUGCCAAGCAGUGGAGAAGGGAUCAACUUCUACAUGUUUGAAAACAUUUCUAACCCCCAGCAGUUCAAGCAGUUCUACAGAGCCCGGCUGAAUGCCCUGGAUGUGUCCCAGGAGACCAAGGAGAAGAUCGUCAAGGAGGCCAACGGGGCCUUUGAAUUCAACAUGCAGGUCUUUGAGGAGCUGGACAAGAUCGGGGCUUUAUUACCAGAAGAAGCCCAAGAUGGCGGCCUCCCAGUGCAUGAUGGGAAGGGAGACAUGCGCAAGUGCCCUUACUAUGCCUCGAAACUCGGUAGGUCCCAGUCUUCCCCCUUCCCUCUUUGGCUUCCUCCAGCCUCUAAUGGUCCUUUUUUUUUCUCAGCUGGCUCCAAGGACGCUGCCUGCCCCUGCCAUCUCGCCCUGGCUGCCCUGAAGCAGCCCACCAUCCAGCUGGUCUUGGCAGCCUGUGUUGCGGUCACUGCUGGCAUUGCAGCCUGGUACGUGAUGUGAGGCUGGGCACCGGCUGCCCGUUGGCCCUUGAAGAAAGUGCUCCUUUUCUCCAUUGACAUAAGUGGACUUUUAAUGCCGGAUUUAAUUGUGGAAACAUUAAACCCAAACCAGUGUACAAAUGCUUGUGUGUCCAAACAAUUAGGGGCAGAAAACCUGAGCUAUUGGCUUGAGGGGAGGGGGAGCCUGAAUGGCUUGAGCUUUUGUCUUCCUUGCUACACAGAGGACGGGGGGGGGGGGGGUGCACAGGCAGUUCUUUCACCUGGAUGCAGAAUGUCCUUCAUUCCCGUUCAGUUGUAGGAGGGGCCUCCAAUUUGUACAUAUGGAAAAUGGUAAUGGUUUAAUUUUCAUGUGACUUAUAGACUAUGGCGAUGCCUCUGACAUAAUAAAAUUGAUCUUCGUU